AGAACGGAACGACAAACCUGGAAAGUUAUUUAUGGAAAAAUCUUGUUCCUUCAUUUAUUUUUAUUUAAGUGUCAUUAAUUCUAUUGAUAGACACCGUCUCAAAAAUUAUUAAAUAAUGUGAAGUCUGUAAACUGAUCAGUAUGGCAGUGGACUACAUGGUUAGGGACCGUAUAGGCCUACGGGACUUGUGGGCUCAAAUAGAUCACCUUCACCUAAACUAUCUGCAAGCGGAUGAAAGUCCUCGGAAGAUAGACGAAAGGAAAAGACUUGAAGCCUACAUCCGAGAGUUCCUAUGUCUCGCCACUCAUGAGACCAAGUUCUGUUUCCGCGAAACGGCUGAGGUCCUGCAUCGCAGUGUAGAAAGGCAGGAGGAGUUUAGUCCGUAUCGAGCUAAUGCCGCAUGGAUGGCGAUAGCUUCGUACGCACACAACUUGCUGGCGCAACCCUGGCGCAAGGAGUUUCACGAAAUUAAGACGUACUGUGGCUACUACAAGCACAACCUGGAGAGCAACCUGGUGGGAGCUGAGUUGAUGUUGGAGGCUAUGGGCUACAAACACUCUAGUCACUCUACACUGGUGUUGGAUGGUCCUGUAGACCCAGACAGAGUCACAAUGGUGUCUCGAGACGCAAUUGUGGCGUUGGUCGAGUGUCAGAUAAUACGAAGUAUAUACGCAGAGGUUUUCAAAGUGGUGUCAUCUUGCACUUGGCUGGAAGUGCUGCAAUAUCGGGAGACGCAUGUUUGUACACCAGAACUAGCCGUGAGAGGUCUGACUUUCAGCCUACAGAAGCGCAGGUAUGAGGAGCAGCAGUACAGACUACACAUGGACAGCUACAACACAGUGUCUAGAUAUCACCCGGUCGCUGACCCCUGUCCCUACGACCCGAGGUACCAUUACAACUACGCCCUGACUACACCAAGGUACAGUGUGGUCAGUCCUCCCUCCUACCCCAUGUACAUCAAACCCCACGAGGUGUACCCAGGCAGCUACUACCCUGUACAGAACGGUUAUAUCCCGCUGCCUGUGCCCCCUCCCCCCGUCGUGAUGCCAAACUACUCGUGUACAGUUCCGACGGCCCAGCUGAUCGAGCUAGAUACGCCCCACGAUAUACCCGUGUCUUACACUAACACGCAUCGAAGAAGCUCGUCUGACCAUCGGGUGGAACACGAGGUGAGAAGGAACGGAGAGCGAUAUCCCUCGGACAUGUACAGUAGGUCGACGACCUCCGACGACCUGGGGAGUAGGAAGAGUGGGAAGAAGGAGGGAAACCGUGACAGCAACUGGGGCUACGUUUACAAAAGACUAGAAGAGAAGACGGGCCAAAAGAGAGACGAAGAGAAAAGAAAAGACAAAAGGCCUCCUUCACCUUUGGAUUUUGACGAGGCCGUGAAAGCGUUCAGCCUCGAUGACCUUCACCAACUGUCCAUUCCGGACCAGAGGACGAUGAAAAUCAACGAAGCUUUGAAUAAAAUGAAGUUGGACGAGGUGGAUGGGAAACGUAGAGAAAACCGGGUGAGUCUUUACGACAACUCAUCACCCCCCGGUAGCAGUCCUAGGCAGAGUCAAACAACCUCGAAGAAACCGGACGAUGCGAAAUUGGUGAACGUGAGGAAACUCACGGUGAAACUGUCAGAGAAGUGGGAGUGCGUGGCGUGUACAUACCACAACUCCGUGAGUCUGGACGUUUGUGAGAUGUGCGGGAAGAGCCGCAACCAGGGUGGUGAGAUGAAGCCCCUGGCUAGCGGAGGAAGACAAUGUCCUCACUGUACUCUGGUCAACGAGAAGGGAGUGACCAGCUGUGAAGCGUGCGGCAGUAGUCUCAAAGACUCUCCCACUUACAUCUGACAGAAUCACUACAUCAACCCGAAUAUGUGUCUUAUCAUAGAGUAAGUAGGCUUAACUAAUCGGUUGUCUCACCUGUGUAAUAAGGCUGAUACCAUGUAGCUUUUGUUGUUUAACUGCAGUAUAUAAAUACCGAAUCGUGUCAAACACGACGAUUGGUUUUGUGGAGUAAUACCCACUCUAAUAUUAUACUCUGGUAAUAAAAAAAAAAACUACCUAAAAAACUUGAAAUGAGCUGAGUGUUAUAUUACUAUUUUAAAAUUGUAUAGCAUUUAUUUUUGCUGAUUUUAAUUUAAAAUGACAUGUUCCACCAUUAUUUUGUGAUCUUAAUCAGGUUAUUUUAAAAUUUAACAAGUGUUUUAAAUGUAGGUCAUGAACUGAAUUGAUAAUCAAAUUGUCAUAACACUAUAGUGUCAAUAUCUAAAAGUUUUCCAGUUAACUCUUUAACAAAAAAAAUGUAUCCGAAUAAUUUAAAAGACAAACUUAUUGACUUAUUUUACUUAUUGAGAGGGUCUAUUUUUUGUGAUAAAUUAACUUACCGAUUUUAUUGCCAGUGAUUAAAUAACACCAAAUUAGUAAUGCAAGUUUUUUUUCACAACAACGAUGCAUAUUUGUGAUACUGUAUUUUUCAAUUUAAUGUGUGAUGAGUUGAAAAAAAAUAGGUUUUUUGUCAUGCGGACUAACAAGAUGACAAUAUAUUUAAAUAUCCCUUUUAUCAGUGCUAUUAGUAAACACUGUUUCUUUUAAUGUUAUAUAUAGAUUGUUUGUUUUAUUCGCUUGAAAGCAAGAGAGGAGAUUUAUUAUGAGUAAUGUAGUUUUCCUUCUUGUUUCUACAAAGUGCUUACAUUAACUAAUACCACCUUGUACAUAUACUCUGAGUAUUAAGGUUAUAGCACAACUAGUCAUGUUAGGUUUGUUUUCCGUGUCAAUGUUUGUAGGUUUGUAAGUUUUUAUAAGUUACUUGUCCUUCUGUCACAAAUGAUACUUUAACUGUUUUUGUUGUAGUGUAAGAGGCACAAAUUUUAUUGUGAGUUAAUUACUUUUAGAAUAUAUUUUGGUUUUCACCCAAAUACUUUGUUUUUAUCGUUUGGUUUUAUUGAAACGUCUUCUGGAAUUACUGUCUAAGACUGAUUUAAUAAAUCGUUGUUUAAACUUCUGAGCAUUGAGAUAAUGUGAUAAGUUUAUAUUAAAUACCUAAUUUGUCUACACGAAUUUCAACUGUUAAUACGGUAUUGUAUUCAAUCAGUAACUCGAACUCAGUGUAUUCAUUCAAUAAAACUAAGUAGGCCUAUGUGCUUUUUUCUUUAAAGUAUAAAUACAUUUUAAAGUCACUAUCUAUCACAAAGUAAAUAGAUUUUAAAAGGUGUAAUGUCAGCAAAACUGUAGUUGACAUUAAUCAACAAUGUAAGCAAUGUAUUUUUGCUCCGACUUUCUUACAAGUUACUUUAUCUAUGGCAAACUUAAUCUCAAAUUAAAUUUAAAAAUUUAUAACUGUUAAAAUUCAUGGUUAUUACUGUAAACCUUAAAAUGUUUUUCAAAAUAAUUUCUUUUAGUUUUCGUCACUCAAUUUGUUUCCUACAAUCUGUUCUGAUUAGAAAAAGUUUUUGGUGUAGAAAGUUUAAAUUUGGACUGUACAAAAUUUGCCAGACUUGAGGGGUUUUCAAUGCAAAAUUUGCAAUCUUAAUUAUGAAUAAGGGAUGAUCAAGGAGAGUGAAAGAAUUGAUCAAACAUCCUAUAAGAUAAACUCAACUAUUUGUAUAAAAGUGUACUUAGUAACUUUACUUUUAAUUAACCACCACAACUAUAAAUUUAUUUUAAUAAAAAUUAAAGUUUACUUACAAUGAUCCAUUUACUUAAAUAGAUACACCAAAAAAUUGUCAUCAUCCUUGAUUUUUUUCUUAAAAGUCUCCAUCAAAGCAAAAUAUUAAAACUAACGCUUAAAAAAAUUAGAAGCAUUUAAUGCGAUGAGGCACAUAAAUAGCCAUAAUUGUAAUGUCAAUCUAGUCUUUACAUAAAACACUAAUUAAAUUUGUUUUCAAUUGUUAACACUGUUUUUAACAAGUUGUAAUUUUUUAAAGAAAUUCCACACAAACUCGAAAAAGAAGGAUGAUUAAGUGUUUUUAGUUUAGGAAUAUCUUACUUUUAGUAUAGUAGGCCUAGUUGUUUUGAUCAAAAUAUUACCUGUUUGAAAAUAAUGUGGUGGAAUGAAAUGAAAAAAUAUUAAAUUUUUACAGAGAAUUUCAUAAUUCACAAAGAAUAAUAUUACAGAGAAUUCAAUAUGAUGCCAUUGUACCAAGUUACCCAAGUUAGGAUUUGUUGUUGAUUGACAUACAUUGAUUACCAUUAUGAAUAAUUAGGCCAGUUUGGUAGGAAUAAAAAAAAACAACUUAAUGGUUCUGUAGUUUUUAAAAGGUAAAAACUUUCAUGAGAAAAUGUGACAUGCUGUUAGUUUCUUAAAGUUUUUACUGUCCGAGCUUUACUCAAUAACCGAAAUACUUAUGAUUUGUAAACAUUGUUACCAUUUAUGCACUUAAUCUUCAAUAAUAUAUAUUUUACUGUAAUAUUGUACAUAGUAAAAUAACCUUACGAUAAAUAUAUUUUUUAAUCAAAUAAAUAACUUGUAGAUAAAAACCUGUAUACUUGAAGGAUUGUUGUGUAUUAAAAUAUUGAUUUAUUGUGUUCUACUUACUGUAGACCUGUGACUUGUAUGAUAGUGAUUGUAUUUUAUUGUUUGUACAGUUCAGUCCUAAUUGAUUAAGUGUUAAAUUGAAAGCUAAAGCUUGCUUUGUUUAAUCUAGGUCUCAUAUUUUCUAAAAUAAUUUCUAAAGAGAAUAUAGUAUGUUUUUUCAA